AUGACGGCAGACGAGGAGCAGACGCGCCGCCUGGCCGCCACCGAGCAGAGCUCAGAGACGACGCCGCUGCUCAACGGCACCACAAACACGACCAGCAAUGGGACCGCCGCUGCCGCCAACGACGACGAGACCACCGUCGUCGCCGAGACGGUCUCCGGCACCCGCCUGGCCCUCAUCCUGGGCACUUCCUACUUUGGCGUCUUCCUUGGCGCCAUCGACAGCACAAUCAUCGCCACCCUCUCCGGCCCCAUCUCCAGCGAGUUCAAGUCCCUGAGUCUCAUGAGCUGGCUCGCCACGGCCUACCUCAUCUCCAAUGCCGCCUGUCAGCCCAUCUCGGGCAGGCUGACCGACAUCUUUGGCCGUGGUCCCGGCCUUGUCUUCAGCAACCUCUUCUUCGCGGCCGGCAACCUCAUCUGCGGCCUGGCCCGCACCGAGUCCGUCAUGAUCUUUGGCCGCGUCGUGGCUGGCAUCGGCGGCGGAGGGCUCAUGUCCAUCUCCACCUUUCUCGGCUCCGACCUCAUCCCCCUGAGGCAGAGGGGCAUCUACCAGGGCAUCGGCAACAUCGCCUACGGCUCCGGCGCCAUGCUCGGCGGCGUCUUCGGCGGCCUCAUCAACGACCAUACGGCAAUGGGCUGGCGCCUCGCCUUCCUCGUCCAGGUGCCCCCCGUGCUCGUCUCCGCCGUCCUCGUCGCCGUCCUCGUAAAGGUCCCGCCCAAGGCCUCGGAUAAGUCCUACCUGGCGCGCAUCGACUUCUUCGGCGUCUUCCUGACCAUCUCCUUCCUCGUGCUCCUCCUGCUCGGCCUCAACGCAGGUGGAAACCUAGUCCCCUGGGUCCACCCCCUGCCGCUCACCACGAUACCCCUCUCCGUCGUCGCCUUCAUCGGCUUCAUCGUCUGGGAGAGCAGGGUCAAACAGCCCAUUAUCCCCGUCCGCCUGCUCGCGAACCGCACUAUCCUCGCCGCCUGUCUGACCAACCUACUGUGCACCAUGGUCAUGAUGAUGGCCAUCUUUUACGUGCCGCUGUACCUCCAGGUCAACGGGCUAUCUGCCACGCAGGCAGGUCUCCGCAUCUUGACAUCACCUCUGGGCGUCUCCAUCAUGUCUGUCGGCGCCGGCUACAUCAUGAAGCGGACCGGGAAAUACGUGAUCCCGGGAAUCAGCGCCCUGGUUCUUUUCAACACCGGCAUCAUCAUCCUCACGCAGUUCAACGAGAACACGCCCGCGUGGGUCAACUAUGUCGUCUUCUUCCUGGUGGGAGGAGGCUACGGAGCCAUGUUGACCAUUACGCUGCUCGGCUGCAUUGCUGCCGUCGACCAUUCGCAGCAAGCAGUCAUCACGUCAGCGACAUACUUGGCCCGCAGUCUCGGGGGUACCAUCGGCAUCACCAUCGGUUCCGCCGUCUACCAGAACGUGCUGAGAGUCAAGCUCUGGGAACGCUUCGGCGACUAUCCCAACGCCGCCAAGAUCAUCGGCCGCAUCAGAGACGACCUCGACGAGCUCAAGAACCUCCCGCCCGGGUGGAAGUCGGGAGUGAUUGACUCCUUCCGAGAGGCCUUUGGCAGCGUCUGGUACACAAUGCUCGGACUGUCCAUCCUCGCCCUGGUAUUCAUCUCCUUGAUGAGGCAGCAUGUUCUUCACUCGACCUUGGAAAGAAGAUGA